AUGGACGAAGUCUCCCGCUGGUGGAGAGAAUUACGGAAUGACUGGCCUGAAAUACUGGCCAUGUGCCGCCGCCGAGGUUUCCUAAAGGCAAUGCCGGAUCUUGCUCGCGCUGUAUUCUGGACGUCCCUGAUGAUCAUGCUAUUCAUUGGCAUCAUCGCCUGUGAUGUGAUGCGCACAGUCUGGUCUCGGACAUAUCCAUUAUCAAACUAUCAUCUGGAGAGAAAUGAGCGUAGGCGGAAAGAGAAUUCGCUACUGCGACUAUUGGAGCGGCGAAUGGGCGAUCCGAUAUCUGCCCAUGGGACGGUGCAUCCUCAGCGCCUACAUCACGACGGUGAGAAGACGAAAUCUAUCUUUAGUAGACUCCCACCAGAAAUUCGGAGGCAAAUUUUAAUUUCAGCUUUUGGGGAUCGCACGAUGCAUAUGGAUUUGGAGUAUAGGCCUCCGUUCAACCUGGUCGACAAGAAACCAUACGAAGGGUGGAAUUUUCAUGCCGGCAUUCGCACUGAAAACCUGACAGCCGGGUCUCAUUUGGAUGAGAUGUCGGGGAAGAGCAGGGCUUGGAGAUGGUUUGGCUGUGUAUGCCACCGAUAUGAUACAGACAAAACGCCAUCGUUGCCUUAUGGGAGGAGAUGCAAUUACCGAUGGGCGCAUUUUGGUGAGCCCGACACGGAUCACUGCCUUCAUGGAGCCGGCAAAUGUAGCUCCUGGCCUGGAAAUUGGCCCGUGAAAUGCCAAGUUGGUGCCAUGGGGUGGAUGUUGUCAUGCAAAUAUUUUGAGACCAUGGAUGUCUUGUACAGCACCAACACAUUUCACAUUGCUUCGCCGGCACUCAUGAAGAGCAUGUCCGUGCUGUUUCCGAGCCAUAUACUAGCAAACAUUCGGUCGCUGGAACUUGUAUGGCAGCCGAAAGAUCUUCCCAUAAUAGAAGGCUUCUCUUCUGGCCAAACCAAUUUGAAACAUCAGUGGCCCGUUUUCCCAUCUCUGUCGUAUUUGCGAAUUAGCUUUAAACGACUGGUAAUUCACGAAGUUGACCACGCCACCAGCAUGGUGUGGCCAUAUGAUAGCAAACGAUUGCUGUCCGAGCGACUACAUAAUUUUCUUCUCCCACAGAUGGACGACCUGAUCCAUCGAAUUGCGCCGGCCAGAGCUGAUGUGACUGUGUCUUGCGCCAAAUGGGAUUGGUACGAGUUGAUAGAUCUUGCUCUUUUGGAAAGCCAGGGCAAGGAGGCUACUAGGAUGCAGAGGGCAGACAUUGAAGGAUUGAGGUGCUGGAGGAUAAUACCCAUCAGGAGAAGCACUGUGUCGGAUGACGUAGAGGCAGGGUUGCCUUCUGCGCAAAGUAGGGAAGGAUACUGGAUUCAUAUACCGAUUGGUGACGUGCGUUUUGACAAUUGGUGUAAGUUGAUGCCUCCCCAGUGGUGGAUGAUGCUUUACAGGACUAACCAAAUCGAAAGCAGAUGGUUAUGA